UCUGUCAUCCUGCCAGUGCACAAUGCAGAGCCGUGGCUGGACCAGUGUCUGCAGUCCGUCCUGCAACAGGACUUUGAAGGCACCAUGGAGCUCUCUGUCUUUAACGAUGCCAGUAAGGACAGGUCUGGGGCUAUCAUUGAAAAAUGGAAGGCAAAGCUAGAAGGUUCUGGUAUCCUUGUGGUUGUUGGAGGGCACAAUUCUCCUUCUCCUCGAGGAGUUGGAUAUUCUAAAAAUCAAGCGAUUGCUCAGAGCUCGGGAUCUUACCUUUGCUUUUUGGAUUCGGACGACGUGAUGAUGCCACAGAGGGUGAGGCUGCAACUCGAGGCCGCCAGGGAGCACCCGAGCAGCAUCGUGGGCUGCCAGGUGGCGAGAGACCCCCCGGACUCCACGGAACGGUACACACGCUGGAUCAACCGACUGACGUCCGACCAGCUCCUGACCCAG